UGGUAUAAACAAGCUGUCAUACCUGGUGUGGUUUUUGCAUGUGAGAAGAGUCCCUUGGUUAAUCUCCAGCAGCAUGAGCGGGGCAAAAGGAAAGUCGAGGCCUGAUCACGGUGAUGUUCUGAAAUUUGACCAUGGACCAAAGAGUUUCAAAACCUCCUUGGGUGGACAACAGAUCAGUCACUACGGUAUCUACAAUAAGGAAGACGACAAAGUCAUCCACAAGACUGGGCCAAAAAGGACACAUCUAUCGUCUGGCUCUGGAAAGUCCAACAAAUCAGAGGUUAAGAGUGAAAGCUAUGCCAGGGUGGCAGGGCGUUAUGACAGCGUCACUAUUCACAACCGGCCACAGGAGAGCCGUUACUCGGCAGAGAGGGUGGUGCAGAAUGCAGAGGCCCGAGAAGGUGAAACCAGUUACAACCUGGUGUCUGACAACUGUGAAACCUUCGCAAGGGAGUGCGAGACCGGGAAAAAAGAGAGUGAUCAGGUGAGGAAGGUGGGCAUGGCUCUGGUGAACGCUUAUACUGGAGGGUCUGCCUAAAUACCUCAACCAACCUCAGACGGCCUCAGCCGAGCCUAAUAUGCGGUGUACAUGGGUGAUGAGUCCCUUUUAACACUCUAGAUACAUUGUCUAUGCGAACAUGAAUGGAUACAGUAACUCCUAAGUAUUUACAAUCAAUUUUUUUUAACCGUUAUAACUUCUAAUAGAUCAUAAGUGGAGAUCAGGCUUGUACUAAGUUACUGGGUACUUAAUAUUAUAUUAUUGGCAAUAAAUUUGGCUAACGUAAACUACCAGGCCUCAUUCUAUACCUGACUACCUGGUGGUAACAUGGGUACAGGGAUGGCUUAGACAGUAAGACUCUUCAAGGCACUUUGGGUUUCAAACAUAUUGACAACAGAUAAGGAAUUUAUGUGCAGUCGUACAUAAAGGAGUUAGACUCAUCUAAUCCAGAAUAUAAAUGACAACAUUGUCUUGCCAAGGCUUGCCUGGUAGUGUGAUAGAGAUUGGAAGCAGUUACUAGUACAGUUCUAACAGAGCUCCAGUCUACAUGUACAUGUAUACUGCUUUCUCAUGUUACUUUAUGUCCAAAAAUCUUAACAGAUACCAAACACUUUCAUUACAACUGAUUUUUCAACAUCGCUCUAUCAGCCUCAAUUAUUAGGCAUUAUUUAAUUUCAUAGCUGUAAUAUGGCUUACUGUACCGACUUUGUACAUCCACCACAGAACUUCUAGCCUUGUGCUGCAAGUUUGUUUUAUUUAUUAAUACACCAUUACUGUAUGUCCUACAUGUAACUACUACUACUAUACUACUGCUACAUUAUGUAUCUACGUAUUUACUUUUGUUUCGGUGGUGGCAUGAAAAUACGUUGAGUGUGUUGACUUGAGCGUGUCACCAUCAUGUGUGGUUAAUAAAAGUUGCACCAAAAAAAGUUGUUAAAGUGGCUAAAGAUGACUGGGUGGAUGUGACAUCUUAUUUGUUUGGUUCAAGCAGGUCCUAAACAAUAGACUGUGAUUGUUGAAUCAGCAUAUUGCAUAACACAACCUACCUCUA